CCCAUUUCCCACCCCUUCCUACCCUUUUCUACCCUUUCCUACCCUUUCCUACCUUAAAACCCCCCCGUCUCAAUAGCGUCGAAUGGCGUCGAUAGGCUCAGCCUCCACCACCAACCUCAAUCUUUCCUGAUCGGGCGAUUAUACACGAGAUUCCAUACCAAAGCGUCACACACGUGUCUGAAUCUGCCCGAGUCUGACUGAGUCUGCCUGAAUCUACUCUGCUUUUCGACACAACGAGGCUAACUCUACGCGACAAUAUUGAUAUCCCCAAAAAUUCAACCUUGUCAGUCAUGUCCCCUCCGUUUCUCGGCGAGGCUGGGUAGUCUGAGUAGUCGUGCAUUGUGCAUUGUGCACUGUGCACGCUGAAUAAAGUCUAUCCCCCCAUCCCUACCACCCACAGGCAAGUUUGUCGUCUCUUUGAAAUCUACUCCCUCUCUCUCUCCGUUCUCCUUCUUCCACAUUCAUCUUGAUCCGCGCCUUCGUCUUCGUCUUCUUCUUCAUCUUCACCACCUACACUUGCACCUACACCACCUACACCCACCUUCACUUGCACCUAUAUCUCCAAUCGUCGUCCUCGGACCCCCGUACAACCUACGAGAGCGCAGACACGCCCAGGCGCACCUCGCGCCGCAAUAGACCGAUGCGUUCCUCAACUCUCACCCUCCUCUCCCUCCUCACCACCGCUCACUCCGCUCACCUACCACCACCUGCGCGCCUCCCCCGUCGCGUCGACCAGUCCAUCAAUCCCCGUGCUGAAUACAUCGGCGGUUGGGCCUGGUCAACCUCCGACACCUGUACAGGCGCCUGGUCGCAGACAUGCGGGACCAGCAAUAACAGCUGCUGCCCCACCGGCGAGACCUGCUUCACGACCGGCUAUGGCGCAUACUGCUGUCCAACUGCCGCGGACUGUAUCAACAAACUCCUCACCCUACCCGCCUGCGCUGACCAGUCAAUGGAGAUGUAUCCCUGGCCCUAUGCUCCGCGCUACUUCUGCUGCUCCGCUGGCCUCGUCGCCAUAGUCCCCUAUAGCGGCUCCGGCGGGCUCUGCCUCCCUGCAGAUCAGAACAUUCCCGCCUCCCUGAUCCUCACAGCUUCAGCACAAGUAGGCGUAGGCAUCUCGCGAACGUCUGUCCCCGUCGUCAGCGCAACAAACCCCGCCAGAACCUCGGGCACGGUGUCAGGCUACAGCCCCUCCACCCCCACCUCUGGCAGUGCGACCAGUACGAGCAGUACGAGCUGCACCUCAAGCCCCUGCCCCGGCACCACCGACACAAAAUCAUCUUCCGGCUCCAGCAAACCUCUCAGCAACGCGGCCAUCGGCGGUAUCAUCGCAGCCGGCGCGGUCCUUUUCCUCAUCCUCAUUUACUGUGGCGCAAAACGAAAGCGAAACAAGAGCAAGAUGAACGUCCCCCCAAGAAUGGAGGUAUACCCGCCUAUUGCCCCGCUCCCAGCGAAGCCGAUGUACGUCAGCACCGGACAGCCUUACUACACCCCGCAACCCGCUCGCGGCACCGAGACAUUCAACGCACCAGCUCCGCAGGGGUCGGCAAACACCCAGAGUCCUGUCCCGGCCAAUGCGGUGCCUGUCAGCCCCCUCAGUUCGAGAGUAGCGUCACCACCACCAGCGUACGGAGCGACCCCUGCGGCGCAGUAUGGGGAGUUGCACAGCCAGGCGGCGGGGCCAGGGGUGCAGUAUGGAGAGUUACACGGUCAGGCGGUGGGACCAGGGGAGCUGGAUGGGGGGAGGGCUCAAGGGUGGGCGAGGACAGACGGGAGAGAGAGCGUCACUGGGAGACAGGAGAUGUGAGGUGAUGAUUGACUUCAGGCGGAAGAGGACCGACGGGAGGGAGAGCGUCACGGGGAGGUAGGACAUGCGAGGGCAUGGUUGAUUGAAUUCAGGCGUUUACUAUGAUGGUAUGGUGCUCUAGAAGGUGUUAUUGGAAUUGGGAGGGUGUUUUGGCGGGAUAUAUCCGAUAGUUCUGGGCGUUUUUAUUGCGUUUUAUUCCAUUCUGGCUGGCAUAUCUGUUAAUAUUCCGUUAACGCAGGGGAACAAAUGUAUACAUCCACUAUAUAUUUAAAUUGUAUAUAAAAUCUACAUACACGUAC